AGCGUCUAGAUACGAAGAAUCCGCCAGCAGCCAGCCUGUUGAUUAUAGUUAGCUUGUUCAUUUUGCUUUGUCGUUUUAGGGUGCAGGCGGAAAGUAAACAUUUCUAAUUCAGUUUGAAAGAAUGUUCGGUAUACGAGUCAAGCUGUUUGCCUAACCUAAACAAUAACUCUAGGUGAAAUCAAAAACCCAUUUUCACUAUGUUAAAAUUCAGCUUCAGGAGGGAGAAAGACAGGGAUUAUAAGCAUAUAGCUCAUGGUUUGGUCCCUGCUGCCUCCAUUGCUCCCAAGCCUGCUGUGCCUCGUACCCCACCCCCACGCAGCCCAAAUCCCUCCCCUGAGAGACCCAGAUCAGCCUUAGCAGCAGCCAUCUUGUCUUCUUCGCUCACUGGACAGACAUGGGCCAUCCCCCCUGUUAUGCCAAGGUCUUUCUCUGAGAGUGAUCAAUCAGAGUCCUUCAUAUCUGAGUCAAACAUCAGCAGAGCACUUUACACCAGAGACAGAUGGUCAGAAGAUUUAGCAAGCCGCCCACGUCUGUCCUCCCCUGACCACUCAGAGGAGGAGUUGGAAGACAAGGAAGAGGAGGUGGAGAAUGAAGAGGACAGGGAAGAACAUGUUUACCAGACUCUGGACAGAGGGGAGAAAUGUCCAAUCACAGAACCUGUCUAUGCCCUGCCGCUAAAACCUAAGAGCAGUACACCCCAGCCGACUCAAAUGUCAAGCAAAAGAGUGCCUUCUCCAGAUUUCACUGAGGAAACCACUGUCCAGUCUCCUGAAACCAGCGGUGAUUCUUCCAAGAAGAAAGCCUCUUUCAGGAAGAGCCCUGGAAGUUUGAGAGAUGUGCCAUCCGUGCUACCCAUCCUAACCACCGACCACCCCAGCCAACCCAACAAAGCCAAAAACUCACAACACCCCCACCAGCUGUCUCCAGAGCCCAGCAAGGCGUACAGUGAGGCGCAGAGGGAGGAUGUGCGGGCCCUGCCAGAGAAGAACACCAGGAUGGUAGAUCAACAAAAGCUACUGGAGGAGAGACUGCAACGGCUGGAGCAGGAGAUCAGUCACAGCCAAGCCUCCUCAAACCUGAAGUCAUCUGCAGGCAGACAGGCAGAGCUACAAAAUUUGAGGCGACAUGCACAGGAACUGGUGGAUGAAAAUGACGCCCUCAAAUUCACAGUUCACCGUCUGAAUGUGGAGCUCAGCCGCUAUCAAACCCGCUUCAGACCAUUGUCCAAACAGGAGAGUUCCAGAAUCAGUGGCUUACCAAAGACAGGGUCUCCUCCUCCCUGGCUGCUGGACAUGAAGUAUUUAUCUCCUCUGCUGCUGGCCUAUGAAGACAGGAUGAAUGAGAAAGAUGCACUUCUGCAAACUACUGAGGAGGAGGUGAAGAGAUUGCGUGUUCAUGUAGAGGAGGUGAUCAAAGAAAAUGAGAGUCUCCGUGAUGAAAUUGCUAAGAUUGGAGCGGUCAGCCAGAAGGACUGUCAUCAACUACAACAGCAGGCCUUACUGGUUUUGCAGGAGAACCAGGUUCUGAUUGAUCAGCUUGAGGCUCAGCAUGUUAAAGCCAAGGCCAGUCACAGCAGACACCAUUCUGAAGUUUCCAAGGUGUCUAAGCAGCUGAUGUUGCUAGAGGUGGAAAAGCAGCGUUUGGAGGAGGACUUGGAAGAGAGCAGGAGGGAGGUGCUGAAAAGUACAAGGGAGAUACAAGUUCUGCAGGGACGCCUGAAGGAUGCCAUCACCUGGGAUGAACACUGCAACAUUGCUGGGAAACUCAGACGGCAGUUGGAGCAGCAGGAGAGUAGGAAUAAGAGUGAGAUGGACGAAUUGCUUCUCAGAUUGUCAAGUCUGCAGGAGGAGAACAGGAGUCUGGCUCUGGACAAAGCCAACCUGACUGCUGAUAUAAAGAGAGUGGAGGCUGAGCUAGAGCUCACCAAACAAGCCAACAGGAAGGCUGAGAGGAAGAUGAGUGUAUUGAAGCGACAGAAGGAAGAGUGUGUGUUGAAAGAGGAAAACACUCGACAUUACAUGGGAGCUGUCAUUUCUGUGGCGGAGCACAUUUCCCAGGAGAGAGACCAGCUGUUAAAGAUGGCUUCGAUUCUUCAGCAGGAAAAGCAGGCAGUCAUCAGCAGGAUUCUAAAUGGCACAGUUCGAUUCGGGAAACUACAGGAAGAAGUCAAAAACCAAAGACCUGUAUGCAGAUACUGUACAAGACAGAAAACAUAGCCAAGCAGGCUCACA